AUGUCAAUAUCAUAUCUAAAGUCUCUGCUAUUUCGCAAUAGCCCCACCGAUGCGCCAUCAGAGUCAUGGCUAGUCCCAGAGAAAGACACGACUGAGGUCUUGACGCUGCCAGAUGGUCGGAAGCUCGGGUACUCACAGUACGGCCUGUCGACAGGCAAGCCCAUCUUUUACUGUCAUGGACUUCCCGGCUCUCGCGUUGAAGCCGGUCAUCUCCACGAGGCAGCCCUGGAGACUGGCGCCCGCAUCAUCGCGACGGACCGCCCUGGCAUGGGGCUAAGCACCUUCCAGACCGGAAGGACGCUUUUAGAUCACCCGAAAGACCUGGAACAUCUUGCUUCUCACCUAAAAAUCAACGAAUAUGGGGUGAUGGGCGUGUCAGGGGGCGGACCAUACGCUCUUGCCUGUGCGCGAGCCAUGCCUCGCGAGAAGCUCAAAGCCGUCGCCAUCGUCUGUGGAAUCGGACCACCUGAUAUUGGCAUGAGCGGAGCAGGUUGGUUCCACUGGCUCGGAUUCACCUAUGGAUGGCGAUAUGGCCCCCGGGUUGCAGGCUGGUACUUUUACCGGGAAGGUCAAUACAACUUACCAGACGAACAGCGUUUGGAACUACGUCUACAAGAUGCAGAGAAAAAGAAGGCGACUUAUCCGAGACAGGAGCUUGGUCUGUGGUCAGAUAGGGAGAUUGUGGCACGGAUGGUCAUGACCGGUCGUCAGUAUUAUCGUCAAGGAAUUGAUGGAGUGAGUCACGACGGGCACUUGUGUGGAACAGAGUAUGGGUUUAAUGUGGAAGACAUCCCGACUGACCUGCCCAUGCGGCUGUGGUAUGGACAGCUUGACACGUUUGUACCUCCGAAUCACGGGGUUCAGAUAGCGAAGCGGUUAGGGGACCAUGCUCACCUCAGACUGGAAGACGAUACACAUGCCAGCAUAUUCUUCCGCUGGCGGAAGGAGGUUUUAGCCGACUUGGUCAAGCACAUUUAG